AUGCAACCUAAAGUGAAACUUGGUCCACGUAAGAUUGGAGUUCAGGGUCCGUCCUUUAAGAAAAGAGAAUCCCCAAAGGAGCCACAAUUUACUGCGGACGAGUUGGCUGAGCUGAAACGUCUCACCGCCCUUCUACCUCCUCGAGCAGCCAAAGAACAAGACCCAGCACAACUCGUCCUUAACGCUGCCAAUUACAUCCAACAACUUGUCGCUACCGUUCAAGCUCGAGUUCAUAGAGGAACACUACCAGUUGAAGCCCUCGCUGCUCUACCUCCUGGUUCCACAAGACCGCCGAGAGUCGUUACGCACAAGAAAAAAAGGCGGUCAAUUGAGAAACAGCACUAA